GCCUACUUUCUAAGCUCUAUCGAGGUGAGAGGCGCCGAUCGCACACGCGCGCGAGCGCGCGCGCGUGUUCUAUCGCCGCGUUCUCCUCCGCGCCACGAAACCUCCACACGGCUGGUCGAUCGGGUGAUCGCCGAACGCUCUGCUACGAACGCGCGUCGCGCCGAGCCGUCAUACGAGGGGAUCGCGUCCCGUUGUCGCAGGUUCCGCGUCCGAUCUCCGUUUGACGCGAUGCGCCAGGUAGUCCGCCGGUGCAGCCGUGCAGCGUCGUCCCAGGGAUUCGGGUUCACCGGAGAAUGCGCGGAGGCACCGCCUCGCCACGGCCCUUCCACGCGGAUGUGAUCCUUCCGGCGCGGCACCUCGCCUCCUCUCGUCGCGAUAUCGUCCCGCCGUCGCGUCUUCGCGAUCCGUUCUUCUCGGAUCGACGACGACGCACUCGACGCACCAGCAGCAACAGCAGCAGCAGCAGCAGCUGACGGAUCACCUCGCUCCAUCUCCGGGGUGUCCUUGUGCGCGGGUGGACCUCUCCUCCUUGCUCCAGAUAACGAACCACGAUCGACGAUCGAUCGAAUUAACGUGCGUCGACUCGCUCUUGAUUUUUCGACGCCCACGUAUCCGGCGAUCGCCGCCGAGCGACGAUCGUGAACUUAAACGAGCUCUCUUGGCGUUGCCCCUCUAACACACACACACAUACACACACACACACACACGCAUACGUACGCGCCAGUGAUCGCGGUUGGUGGUGCGCGUUAAAUGCGAGGUGGCGGAACGCGACUCGUGUCUCAACGUGGCCGAGCAACGUGAUAGCGACAACGUGAUUUGAGGGACGGGCUCUCGAGAUCGUGACAAAUCCGCGAUAAAGCCGACGGCCGAAACAUGGGGAACUGCUUCAGCAGCCCGACGGACGUGGAGAAGGAGAAGCCGGACAGGAUCGGCAAUCCCAGCAUAGAGGCGGUCGCGUCACAGGUCAGCCCGGUGCCGACGCCGCCGCCGGAUCCCAUCAGGCCGAUCCCGCAGAUUCCGGACAUGGACGUCGCAACCGCCAAGAUAUUCGUCGCCCUGUACGACUACGACGCCCGCACGGACGAGGAUCUGAGCUUCAAGAAGGGCGAGCACCUGGAGAUCAUCAACGACACCCAGGGUGACUGGUGGCUGGCCAAGAGCAAAAGGACCAGGCAGGAGGGCUACAUUCCCAGCAAUUACGUUGCCAAAUUGAAGUCGAUCGAGGCUGAACCAUGGUAUUUUAGGAAGAUUAAGCGGAUCGAGGCCGAGAAAAAAUUGCUGCUGCCGGAAAACGAUCACGGCGCGUUUCUGAUAAGAGACUCCGAGAGCCGACACAAUGAUUACUCCCUUUCAGUGCGCGACGGCGAUACGGUGAAGCACUACCGUAUUCGUCAACUGGACGAGGGCGGCUUCUUCAUCGCCAGGCGAACCACGUUCAGGAAUCUGCAGGACCUCGUGGAGCACUAUAGCAAAGACGCGGACGGUCUGUGCGUCAAUCUGUGCAAGCCUUGCGUGCAGGUUGAGAAACCCGUAACGGAGGGCCUUAGUCACCGCACGCGGGACCAAUGGGAGAUCGACCGUUCGUCACUGAAAUUCCUGAGGAAGCUUGGCCAGGGCCAGUUCGGCGAGGUGUGGGAAGGUCUGUGGAACAACACUACCCCGGUGGCGAUAAAGACGCUCAAGCCGGGCACCAUGGACCCGAAGGACUUCCUCGCGGAGGCGCAAAUCAUGAAGAAGCUCCGACACGCCAAGCUGAUCCAGUUGUACGCUGUGUGCACGAUGGAGGAACCGAUUUAUAUCAUUACGGAAUUGAUGAGAAACGGCAGUUUACUCGAAUAUUUACAAGGAAAAGGUAGAGGCCUAAAACUACAGCAAUUGAUCGAUAUGGCGGCACAAAUAGCUGCCGGUAUGGCGUAUCUGGAGUCGCAGAAUUACAUUCAUCGAGACUUGGCCGCCCGUAAUGUUCUCGUAGCGGACGGAAAUGUCGUUAAAAUCGCGGACUUUGGCUUGGCUAGACUUAUCAAAGAAGACGAGUAUGAGGCUAGAAUAGGGGCGCGCUUCCCUAUCAAGUGGACCGCCCCCGAAGCCGCCAACUACAGCAAAUUCAGUAUUAAAUCCGACGUAUGGUCAUUUGGUAUCCUGCUUACUGAAUUGGUCACGUACGGCAGAAUACCUUAUCCAGGUAUGACGAAUGCCGAGGUUCUUCAUCAGGUGGAGCAUGGCUAUAGAAUGCCGUGUCCACCUGGUUGUCCUGACACGCUUUAUAAUAUUAUGUUGGAAUGCUGGAACAAGGAUCCUAUGAAAAGACCGACUUUCGAGACGCUUCAGUGGAAACUCGAGGACUUCUUCACUAUGGAAGGUUCCGAGUACAAGGAAGCAUCUGCGUAUUGAAUAGGGAAUUCCGAAUUCUUCCAUAUUGCUCCAUUAAGAGAUAUGAUAAUUGUGCCGUCGUCGUUACAUCGUCGACGAUCGUUACGGUCUCCUUCAUUGAUCUAUUUGUGACGCUAGUUUUCGUGGUACUAUUGGACGUGUACCGCAGUUUUUAUACUCGAACAAUGAUGAUUAUUUUGCGAACGAUCAAUAGAUAAUAGCAUAGUUUUAUUUAACGGUAAAGUUUUCUGUUUUCCCGUCUUCUCUUUCUGUUCUGUCUUGACCUUUCUUUUCUACGUUCUCGUCUUCGCACAUUCUGUCUGCCAUAAAUCUCGAAGAAUGAUAUUUGUACAUUUUUAUCUAUAUGACUUGACAAACGUACAUUGGCAUUUUGAUAGCUUUACCAGGAGCGAUGACGAGGUUUUAGAUAUCGUUUUAGACCGCAGUAAGGAUGUACACGUAGACGUUAAAUGGCCUUUGUAAAAUCGUUUGUAAGCGUCAGUUAGCGUGAGGUAGACCUCGAUCAUCAGGGUGAUAAUUCCGGGUGAUGAUAAUGGUAGAAGUAGCGAUGUAAUAUAUUUGUGUACAAUAUAAGUUGUACUUUCUGUAUUACAAUUUCCGUGCAUACUAUGAUGUGACGUAAAGUCGAUUUCUAUGCAAAAUCAAUGUGACAAUGUUGAGAUAAAACGACGGACCAUAUAAAUGCACAACUUUAUCAUUCCUUCUUUCUUCUCGCUCGAGCGCGUGACAUGAAUUGCGACGUACUCCCACGAUGCGGAUACACGAAAGUCGCCGACGAAAUAAUUUUGCGCGCGCUGUGUACACGCAUGCGAAGAUCAGAAGGGAUAUAUUGUAUAAUCGGUCCGUCCAAGACAAUGCGGAAAACUGCGUUCUAUGACAAUUGCGUCGUAUGACGUUUAUAUCCUUUCGUCUAUCUCGUUUGUUUGUCACGAAAUGUGGUAAAUACUGACAUAAACUGCCAGCUAACGUUUUCUAAGAUACACUUGUUACUUAUAACGUAUAAGAUCACUUUUCGGAAGUAUACGCGUGAGAGUAUGCAUCUGUCGAAUAUAUCUAUGCAUGAGAAAUGUACGAAUUUGUUGUGGAGGCGAGAAAUCAGUUUACCGUCGUAUCUUUAAGUACUCUGAGAAGAGAAUGUACAUCACGAAUUAUCGUCAUCUUCGUUAAUCAUUCAGACAUGAUCAUGUUAUCGAAUUCGUCAUUUUUAUAUAUUUUUAUAUAUCGUGUCUAAUAUUUUAUUAUACUCAUUUAUUGUGACUUUUUACGUCUUUGAAUGACUCAAAAAAUUUGAAAAUAAUUAUUAUUACGCGUAAACAUAAGUCGAUAAUAUUAGAUAUACUUUAUAAACAUAUGACUCCAUAAUGAUAAAUGUAAAAUUAUAUAGAUAUUUUAGCAAUAUUUUGAUCCCAUUUAACACAUACGCGCAAAUAUAUACGGAAUGUGCCAAAACCAUCGCCAUUCCUUCUGUCUAUUGAUUUUUCUAUGAAUUUAGAGUUGUUUUUUCCGUAAUUGAAAUAUUAUUGGAGGCUAUCUUUCAAUCAAUUUGUGCAAUCGUUUUAUACUAAAUACUAGUAACGAUAUAAAGAUUCACAGAAUAAUUUCGUUUAAUUUUAACGUUGAUAGACUUCUUUGGUAAAACCGACUCUAAUUUCAUCAGAAAAUAAACUCCCGGGGAUUUGAUGCAAAUCAUAAAACAUCUUUACGUUCGAAUGUGUGUAUACAUAUAUAUACAUUUAUUUUAAUUAAAAAGAAAUAUAUAUGUAUGUAUGUGCGUAUGUAUGUACACGCAAUAUCAACUCUAGCAUCCAUCUUCUGUUCUGAAAUCAGAGCUGUGUUAAUAGUACCAAAUUAAUCACAAAUUUCACAAAGAAAUGCGUGCUUUUAUAGGCGGUGUUACCGUCGGCUAAAACUUUGUAAAUCUGCACGAUAAAUCUUUGUAAUACUGUUAUCUCUUAGAUUAACGAUACAUCGACCAAUUUCCCAGAAUUUAUUUUUUUUUCAGUUAAGUCUUGUCUUACAUUUCUUUGAUAAAUUUUAAUAUUUAGUAAAACAAAGUUAUUUGUAAGAGAAAAAAUGUUAGAGCAAGUAAUUUUAUAUUUUAAAGUAAAGAAAUUCAUAAAAUCGCAUGCACGAAAUCUGAGAAUUACGAAUUGUGACAACAUUGCACUAAGAAAUAAGAUAAAAAAUACUAUAUCAACUAUAGAGAGUAAUAAAUGAAAUGUAAUGCAACGAUUACAAGCACAAAACGGAUGAAAGUUUACUGGAACUACUGUUAAUUUUUAUCCAAACUCUUUCUGUAAUUACAAGGGAGAACGAUUUCUCUAUCGAAUAAUUAUAGUAAGAAUCUGUGGCGAGUGAAAAUAAAGAUACAUUAGAUGUAUAAGAAAUAAUUGAUAAAAUAAACGCAACAGUUUUGUUUAUGAAAA